AUGACAAUGGAAUCCAAAGACGACGUAGAAUUAUUUCAAUCUAUUGGUUUAAGUGAACAAAAAGCUAAAGAAACUCUAAAAAACAAACAGGUUUCUAAUAAUUUAAAACUUGUUAUAAUAGAGGCUAAGAAGUAUGAAAUUAUUACACCAGAAAUUGGAACUUUAUUAUAUCAUCUUGCUUCAAAGAUUAAGACUCAAAUUGCGGAUAAAUUGCUAUUUCUUGCUAAAUAUAUAGUUGAAAAGAAAUUAGACACAAUUCAAAGGUUAGAUACUGGUUUAAAUUAUUUACUUAGCCACAUAAAAGAAAAUGUUGAUGUAUCUGAUUUUGAGAAAGAAUGUGGAGUAGGUAUUGUUAUAUCACCAGAAAAAAUAGAAUGUGAAGUUGAAAAAUUGAUAAAUGCACAUAAAAUGGAAAUAAUAGAGAAAAGAUAUCACUUUAAUGUUGGUCCAUUAAUGCAACAAGUAUGUAGUAGUCUAAAAUGGGCAGAUGGAAAAGCAGUAAAGAAUGAAUUUGAUAUUCAAAUGCUUGAUUUAUUAGGUCCAAAAACUGAUUCUGAUCGUAUACCAUUACCUAAAGUAACCAAACAAGCAAAGCCACAAAAGACAGAGAAAAAAAAGGCAGAAUUAAAAACUACAAUAGCAACAAACGAGAAGAUAGGUGCUCAGACAAUAAGUGAAUUAAUGAAAACUAAAGUUCACUUUCAUAAACCAGGAGAAAAUUAUAAAACUGAAGGAUAUAUUAUAACACCAAAUACACAUAAAUUACUUCAAGAACAUUUAAAAGUAACAGGUGGCAAAGUAAUAACUAGAUUUCCACCAGAACCUAAUGGAAUUUUACAUAUUGGUCAUGCAAAGGCAAUUAAUAUUAAUUUUGGGUAUGCAGCAGCUCAUAAUGGAAUAUGUUAUUUACGUUAUGAUGAUACAAAUCCUGAAAAAGAAGAAGAAAAGUUUUUCAUUGGUAUUCAUGAAAUGGUAGAAUGGCUUGGUUAUAAACCAGCUAAAAUUACUCAUUCUUCUGAUUAUUUUCAACAAUUGUAUGAAUGGGCGAUUGUACUUAUUAAGAAGGAUUUAGCAUAUGUUUGUCAUCAGUCUAGUGAAGAAAUAAAAGGUUUUAAUCCACCACCAAGUCCUUGGCGUAACAGACCGGUUUCAGAGAGUUUACAAUUAUUUAAUGAUAUGAAAGAUGGAUUACUUGAAGAAGGUGAAGCUACAUUACGAAUGAAAGUAACAUUAGAAGAAGGGAAACAAGAUCCAGUUGCAUAUAGAAUAAAAUACAGUCCACAUCACAAAACAGGAUAUCAAUGGUGUAUUUAUCCAACUUAUGAUUUUACGCAUUGUUUAUGUGACAGUUUAGAAAACAUAACUCACUCUCUUUGUACCAAAGAAUUUCAGUCAAGAAGAUCGUCAUAUUAUUGGCUUUGUAAUGCUUUAGACAUUUAUUGCCCUGUACAAUGGGAAUAUGGUAGAUUAAAUGUGAGCUACACAGUUGUUUCUAAAAGAAAAAUCAGUAAAUUGAUUGAAGAAGGCAUUGUAUCUGAUUGGGAUGAUCCUAGAUUAUUCACAUUAACUGCUCUUCAUAGACGAGGUUUUCCAUCUGAAGCUAUAAACAAUUUUUGUGCACAAAUGGGUGUAACUGGUGCUCAAGCUGUUGUUGAUCCAGCUGUUUUAGAGGCAUGUGUUAGAGUUGUUUUAAAUUUAACCGCAAAUCGACAUAUGGUAGUUUUAGAACCACUAAAAAUAACUAUUAGCAAUUUUCCUCAUGAAAAUCCUAUAAAAGUAACAGUUCCUAAUUUGCCUAAUGAACCAGACAAAGGGCAACAUGACAUUAUCUUUGAUGAAAUUGUAUAUAUUGAAGCAUCUGACUUUAAAGAGAAAGCAGGAAAAGAUUUUAGACGUUUAACACCAAACCAGUCUGUUGGUUUAAAACAUGUAGGAAUAGUAUUAACAAUUAAAGAAGUCAAAAGAGAUAGCAUCGGGAAUAUUAUAAAUCUGCUUGUUAGACAAGAAUCUAUUUCAGAAACUAAUAAACCUAAAGCUUUUAUACAUUGGGUAUCAAAUCCUGUAUUGGCAUCUAUUAGAUUAUAUGAGCGAUUAUUUAAACAUAAAAAUCCUGAAGAUUCUAAUGAGGUACCAAAUGGUUUCUUAAGUGAUAUUAAUCCAGUUAGUAAAAAAGAAAUUGUUGGAUAUAUUGAUGCAAGCUUGGCAAAUUCAGCAAAAACUUUUGAUAAAUUUCAAUUUGAACGUAUUGGCUUUUUCUCUGUAGAUCCUGAUACAACACCAGGAAAGCUAGUUUUUAACAGAACGGUAACGUUAAAAGAAGAUGCAGGGAAAGUGUAAAUAAAGUAAUUUUAGAAUUAUUGGAUAAUUAAUGAACAAUAAAUACACAG